CGAAACACUCCAAAUGAUGAUGAAUCGUUCUUGGUACCUUGCUUGUCUUGUAUUUGGAAGUCUGGUGCUCGUGGUGCAUCAUGUCUCUUCCCAAGAGUCCAUCAGCAUCUCAUCCGGCGAACCCAGUUACCCUUGUGUUUAUCGUGGAAUACCGUAUCUUCACUCCGAGGUGUGGCGCGUUGACGAAUGCACAACCUGUUCGUGUGAUAACAGCAGUAUAACAUGCGUAAUUGAAUCUUGUCAACCGGUAUUCUGCGUAGAACCCCUUAAACUGCCAGGAGGAUGCUGCUUUAUCUGUCCGUACGACGUGACCGUGCGUGAAGUUACACCCACCAUACAAGUUAAACACAAGACAACUAACGGUCACACAACACUGUUUCUUGCGGUAGAAGUCAAGUUUAGAGAUGCCAAAGACAAGACAGGAGUGAGCGGCGAAUCUCUCUGGGAGUUGUCUGCCUGGAUUGCUCUUGUAAACAUUUCUCACAGUCACACCAAAAUAGGUUUCACCGAGCAAGUUCUCAAUGCUGGUCAAGCAUCGCAGUGGUUCAUCAAAGGAGAUCAAUUCAUCUUUCGGGACGUCGUGUAUCCCUUCGUAGCUCCCGCAUCUUUAAUGUGCGACGAGGCCGAGGUCUGUGUUGAGCUUAGACGUGGAAUAAAUGCAGUAACAACCGAUGGUCGUCCUUUCAAUUUUGACACACCGUUUAUUGGCUGCACUUCACUGUGUACUGGACGUGACUUAUUCCCUUGUCCGGAUAAAGAAGGAAAACAUUUGCACAAAGAUGUCUGGCAACAAGAUCCGUGUACACAAUGUACUUGUAACAACGGAACAGCUGAGUGUUCUACAAAGGAAUGCCCCGGUCCUGGUUGCAACAGGCCUGUGAGACUUGAAGGCGAAUGCUGUCUAUCCUGUCCAUAUCAAUCUCCCGACAAUUCCGAUUUAUGGAUAACACUGGUGAUAUCAACCAGUGUUCUCGUCGGUGUAGUAAUCGUCGCCCUGACCAUUGUUUGCUUGCGUCAUCGGAAGUAA